CGCCAAAUGAUCCAGUGAGCGGGGCGACGAGUCCAGCACAGCAUGGACUGCUGCCCGCCAUAGUUAGCGCAGCUUUUAUUUUUUAUACAUAUUUUUUACAGUGUAGCCUGUUUAUCGAGCGAAAGUUUUUUUUUUUCUUUCGCUGCAGCUUUGAAAAACAGACGACAAUGGAUCGAGUGAAAAGCUCCAUGCAGCAAGUACCCAACGCUAUCCCCAAAGUGAUCCGACGGACUGGAGGGGCAAACAGCCUGGAGCUGGAGAAGGAAAACUUUGAGAGAGGGCAGGCUGUCAGCAUCAAUAAGGCCAUCAACACACAGGAGGUCGCUGUCAAAGAAAAGCAUGCCAGGACCUGCAUCCUGGGGACCCAUCAUGAGAAAGGCGCCCACACCUUCUGGGCGGCGGUCAACCGGCUCCCUCUCUCCAGCAACGCCGUGCUCUGCUGGAAGUUCUGCCACGUCUUCCACAAGCUGCUGAGAGACGGCCAUCCAAACGUGAUAAAGGACUCCAUGAGGAACAAGGCUGAUCUAACUGAUAUGAGCAGGAUGUGGGGUCACCUGAGUGAAGGCUAUGGGAAGCUGUGCAGCAUCUACCUCAAACUGCUCAUCACCAAAAUGGAGUUCCACAUCAAAAACCCUCGUUUCCCCGGCAACCUGCAGAUGUCCAACAGACAGCUUGACGAGGCGGGAGAGAACGACGUUAACAACUUCUUCCAGUUGACAGUGGAGAUGUUUGACUACCUGGAGUGUGAGCUCAACCUCUUCCUGGGUGUGUUCAGCUCUCUAGACAUGUCACGUUCGGUGUCAGUGACGGCAGCGGGUCAGUGUCGCCUGGCCCCGCUCAUCCAAGUCAUCUUGGACAGCAGCCACCUGUAUGACUACACCGUCAAGCUGCUGUUUAAGCUGCACUCCUGCCUUCCAGCAGACACUCUCCAGGGCCACAGAGAUCGCUUCCAGGAACAAUUUAAGAAGUUAAAAAGUCUGUUCUAUCGCUCCAGUAACUUGCAGUAUUUCAAGAGGCUGAUUCAGAUCCCACAGUUGCCUGAGAACCCUCCUAACUUCCUGCGUGCGUCAGCUCUGUCGGAGCACAUCAGCCCCGUGGUCGUGAUCCCCGCAGAGUCGUCAUCCCCUGAGUCGGAGCACGUGGUGGAGACAGACGACCUGGUGGACACAGACGUCCCCGUGCUGCCGGCUGCUUUGGAGACCAAGUUUGACGACCUGUUUGGCACCUCGGCUGCUAUCGACCCCUUCAACUUCAACAGUCAAAACGGCAUGCGGAAGGACGACAAAGACCGUCUGAUUGAACAGCUGACGAGGGAAAUCCAGGCUCUUAAAGAAGAACUGGAGUCUUUCAGAUUGGAGAGUGGUCGCUUGUGUCAGGCGCUGAGGGGGCGUGUCAGUGAGCUGGAGGCGGAGCUUGCCGAGCAGAGCCACCUGAGGCUGCAGGCUGCAGGGGAGAGCGAGUUCCUGAAGGCAGAGCUGGACGACCUGCGGAGGGUCAGAGAGGACACGGAAAAGGAGCAACGGAGCCUGACGGAGAUCGAGAAAAAAGCUCAGGCCAAUGAGCAGCGCUACACCAAACUAAAGGAGAAGUACUCAGAGCUGGUUCAGAGUCACGCAGAUUUGCUGAGGAAGAACGCAGAGGUGACCCGGCAGAUGACGGUGGCUCGAGCAGCGCAGGAUGAAGUGGAGGCGGUGAGGAGAGAGAUGCAGGAGAAGGUGAAGGCCGCUCAGGAGGUUGCAGACAGACAGGAGAGUGACCAGCUGGAGCAGCUUCAGGAGCUCCAGAGAGAGCUGGUGUCCAGCAGGACGGAGCUGGACUCCCUGAAGACCACCAUGGCCUCAUCACAACAGUCGAGUGAGGCGCUCAGCACCCAGCUGGUCACCCUGGAGUCUGAGAAGGCGGAGCUGGUGCAGUCCUUGUCGAAGGUGGAGGCGGAGCUGGCUGCCCAGGGGGAGGAGCUUGAGCAAGUCCAGAGUUCGCUGGCGACUGAGAGGGAGAGUGGGGUGAAGACGGCAGAAGCCCUGCAGAAUCAGCUCAAUGAGAAGGAGAGCAGGGAGCAGGCGCUGGAGAGCCAGCUGGUCGCAGCCCGCUGGUCUAGUCUGCAGGGAGCUGUGGAGGAGGCAGAGAAGAUCAUUCAGGACUCACUGGCUCAGAUCGACGACCCAGCGCACAUCAGCUGCACCAGCUCCGCAGACUACCUAGCAUCCAGAUGUCAGGCUGCUUUAGACUGUAUGGACCGGCUCCAGUCUGCCAGAGAGGCCUUCCUGGCUGACAACACAGGUGUAUCUGAGCUGGUGCGAGUGGUGACCCAGUGUGGCCACCUUGUGGGAGACACCAUUGUACAAGGUAGUGCCACCUCCCACAUGGUGCCUGUGGAGCAAGCUGAUGCUCUGUCAGAGAGUGUGAAGGCGUGCGGGGCCGAAGCUCUGGCUUUGCUGGGCCAGAUGAAGCAGCAGGACAGCCUGGCUGCAGCUGACAGCGGCAAGCUGAAAGCGACUCUGGAGGCCAUCUUUGCCACCGCAGAGAAACUUCGUCCUCGGGGUUUGGAGAUGGAGCAGGGGGAGCUGGGAGAUCUAGUGGAGCAGGAAAUGGCUGCCACUUCCGCUGCUGUGGAGUCGGCAGCUGCCAGGAUAGAGGAAAUGCUCAACAAGUCCCGAGCAGUUGAUACAGGAAUCAAGAUGGAGGUCAACGAGAGGAUUUUGGCCUCCUGCACAGAGCUGAUGCAGGCCAUCAAGCAGCUCGUUCUGUCUUCCAAAAAUCUACAAAGGGACAUCGUGGAGAGCGGCAGGGGGGCAGCAUCCAUGAAGGAAUUUUAUGCCAAGAACUCCCGCUGGACCGAGGGUCUGAUCUCUGCCUCCAAAGCAGUGGGAUGGGGCGCCACGGUCAUGGUAGAUGCUGCGGACCUGGUGGUGCAGGGCAAAGGGAAGUUUGAGGAGUUGAUGGUGUGUUCACAUGAAAUAGCUGCCAGCACAGCGCAGCUCGUGGCUGCCUCUAAGGUCAAAGCAGACAAAGACAGUGCCAACCUGCAGCGCCUGCAGCAGGCGUCCCGCGGCGUCACACAGGCCACUGCAGCUGUCGUGGCUUCCACCAAGUCUGGGAAGUCUCAGAUUGAAGAUACAGAUACAAUGGACUUCUCCAGCAUGACGCUGACACAGAUCAAACGACAAGAGAUGGACGCACAGGUCCUGGUUCUGGAGCUGGAGACUCGUUUGCAGAAGGAGCGAGAGCGUCUCGGCGAGCUGAGAAAGAAGCAUUACGAGCUGGCUGGGGUGGCGGAGGGCUGGGGCGAGCAGGAAGAGAGCACAGGCUGAGACUUACCACACCUGUCGUCCUGCUCCUCCACCAGAAGACCGGCUUCUGUCUGCCUCUUUCUAUUUAUACACUUCUCACUCUCUUUUCUCCUUGUUUUUUUCUCUCUCUUUUGUUUGUUUGUUAUCUAAGCCAAAUUUAAAGGUGCUUCUUUUCUAAACCUGCUUCUCCACCCGUGUCCAAAAGCUUCCAUAAAGGGACAGCACCAAGGGCUCAGCGACGGGGGACAUCAAAGGGACGGACAAAUGGAUGUAAGGAGAGGAGGGCAGGGGGGGGGAGACGCAGCCAGACGUCACGUCCCCGCUCUGCCUCUCCCUCAGGACUGUGCUGAUGAAAAGCAGUCCAAGCGAAGUGGAGUAUUUAUUGUGUUUCUCUUCCCCGGUUUUUAAUAACGGCGCUCCGUCGAGGAGUCACAGCGGAGACGCUACGAGCACAACUUCUAUUCAAGACAUCCCAGGAUGCACUGCACAAGGGCCAAACUCUCAGCAGCCAGAGGGGAAUCAGUGACUGUUCUCGCCCUACCCCAGCCCCAAAAUCCAUGUCUCUGUGUGGACGGCGUCCAUGCUCUCUGGUGUUGUGGGCUUUUAACGCUGUUGGAGCUGCUCUUUAUCCGUCUUUCUAUUCCUCCCUAGUUUCUUCCUGUUCUUUUCUCACUGUGAGUUAUCACCUUGUUAAGUCCAAACCGCUUCACCGGCUGGUUCACUGGACUUUCUGCCUUUCACCUUCCCACUAUUGUAACGACCGUGACUGUUAACCCAACCCUCUUUUUCUUUAUUAUUAUUUUAACAGACGCUCACAUGGAAACUCUUCAGACUGCUCCAAACUGGGGAGUAGUUUCGGAAAAGGAAAGUAGCACCUCUUGUUUUUUUCUCUCUCUCUCUCAACAGUCUUCUCCCUGUGAGCUUUGAAACUGCCAACUACCUCAUGCUACAUCGUCAGAGGUAGCGGUGCAUCAUGGGUAGGGCUGAUCAGAGAACAAGUUGCUCAAACACUACAAACACGGGGUUAUUUUUGUCAUUUCCCCUUUUUCAUUGGUUAAAGGUAGGAAAGGGAGUAGUGGGAGGAAAUCCUCUUUUUAUAUAGAAAAAAGCAGCAACACUUUGCUGCUUUUCUUCCUUUGCAACAAUAGUUCAAGUCAGGCGGAAAAAGGAAAAGUCGUUAAAUAAGUUUUAAACCCUUAUUGGUGCAUAUUUUUUUACAAAUGUUGGCACUACGACAAAUCUGCCACAGAAACUUUGGAGGUGAAGUCGCCAACGGUGUCGUCCUCUCAUGACACAUUGGCUCAGUUACUUCCUGGACACAUUCAAGGCUAUUCAAAGGAGGCUCGGACACGCUCUUUGACCGCAUGGGAGCGAUGGGGUAUGACACAUGCGCCAUGUAACUGGAGCUGCAGUGUUGGAGGGUCACAGCAGACAGCAUUAGAAAUAAAGGGAUGACGUCUGUGCAGUUUGCUGCUGAGAUGCGCUUUGACCGAGCUGCAACCUCCGAGGCUGAGAGAUGAAGCCAACGUGCAAGUGCCAAAAACUGUAGUUCCUCUAAUGGCCACUGGAGGCUGGUUCUAAAACAGAUGAAAUCCUCAUAGACCCCCAUGUUAAAAUGCCCAACUUUACAGCAAAAAAAAAACAUGUUUUCAGCCUGGUACAAGAAACGGUUUUGGUCUCACCUGCAUCUUUUUUAUUUUUUUGCAAAAAUAUUCAGAACCCAAUACAACAAACAAUCAUUCCCAUAUUUUAUGAUAGUGCGCCAGUUAUUGAGCCUUUUGGCAACUGCAGACCUGAUUUCAUUGCGCAUGUGUUGUAUCCCAAUGAUAUGACGCCCUGACCUCUCCCCUUUUAGCCUCCUCGGACACGUUAUGACUCUGCCAGCAGGACCACCGUGUUCCCAGCGAGGCCCGCUCAGUUAGAGAGGAAGAAAAGAAACAUUGGGACAUUUAAGGCUGUGCAAACCUUUAUUCCUGAGAUUUUUUUAUCCGGUUUCUCACAUGAUGCCGCCUCUUCAAACACCCUGCAGGACUGAUGUUUUUUAAACCCUUCACUAACAGUCUGCAUCGCCAGGACCACAAAGGACUCGGAAAUUUGCAGCUCACAGUGACUGCAGUGUUUUCAGUCGCUUCCUAAAGACCAAGUAGCUGUGUAUAUAAACUACAAGCCUUUUAUUGUUGGAAAUAAUCUUUUCUUGAAAUCUAAAAGCAUUCAAUAGCAUUGCUUUUUUUGCAUCUCUUAAAGUAAGGAUUCAGUUUAAUUGAAUUAGGGAUACAAAAGGGUGCACCUGAACGACGGAGGAGAGAGAGAUUGUUAUUUAACUGAACUGAGAGCGAUGGACUGACCUUCAGCUUGUUGCCAGUGGACUCUGUGAGCAGACUGAUCUUUGUGCAAACAUGAGAUGAGUAGGGACCUUUUUUUUGAACCCAACAUCUUAUUCCUUCUUUGAUUUUGAUGGACGGCGAUGGUGACUCUCUGAGUUUGCCUCUUUUUGUGUCUUAACAUGCUUCGUUUUGACGCUUCAGCUGUGUAUCUUUAAAAAAAAAAGUUGUGACACUGGUUUAUUUAACAGACUCUGGUCAUAAAGUAUGUGCCAAUAAUUCUGAAUAACUAGUUGUGAUGCUUGCAGAGGCAGAUGGGUGUGUCAAAACACAGAAAAAAAUGUGUUGUUAGUCAGACUGUGAUUAAAAAAGAAAUUCCCAUUUGACACCACCCGUCUGCUGCUCCAAGCAGGAUUAAACAAACAACAAGUAUUAUUUGCAGUACUUUCCUGUCCAGGUCUUUGUAUUUAAUAAUGAUUUUAGCUGUUUUCUGUCACUUCUUCUGCACCUGGGUAGCUGAUGUCGUUAGAAAUUGGAAUAUAAAACAAAAAAAACGAUAAAAAGAAGGCUAGAUCCACUUUUUACAGCAUUUCAAGUAUCUCGAAAGACUAAUUGAACGCACCUUGAGUGAUGUUUGGUUGUAUUUUUGCCCAAAUUCUCUUUAUUAACCUCUCUCUCUCUCUCUCUCUCUCUCUAUCUCUCUAUCUCUCUAUCUCUCUCGCUCUCUCUCUCUCUUUUUGGGGUCUGUGUCUGUAGUCUUACCAGCUCAGCCAGCCUUUCAAACUGCCUCACACUGUAGUAACAGAGAAACAAAUACUCACAUAGCAACAUUGAAAUGUGUCUUUGUAUGAUAUACUAAAACUAUGUUGGUGGGUUUGUUUUUAUUUUUUCAGUUUUUAAAAUAAAUAUUUCAACGCGUUAAUACAGAA